AUGUUUCUAAAACAAAUCGACCUCACUACUGCCCUGCGGCCAUCGUAUCUUCCCGAUGAAGUCCUCCUCUUUGUCGAGGACAACGUGGGGUUGUAUGAGGGAAAAUACAAACUGCCCAACCUGCAGAAUGGACAGGUCUACCUGACGUCGCACCGGAUAUGCUACGUCGACAAGCAGGAUCCCAGAAAGCACUCAGUGGCUCUCGACCUCAGAGAUGUAGAGAGAUAUGAAUUCUACGCCGGGUUCAUCAAGUCUUCGCCCAAGGUGACGCUCUUCCCCAAGCCGGCCAAACGAGCCUCCCUACAAUCCCGCGCCGCUGCCGCAACGUCGACUCCGUUGAGCAACGGUUCUGGAUCGCCGCGGCCACGUGCCGACUCCGGCUUUCGCUCUCCUGCUCCAGCUUCGUCGCCCGCCACCUCGGCUACGUGGGUCUGCACAAUAUGCAGCUUUCCGAAUCCCGUGCCGUCCAAUUUCGACCCGACUACUGCCAAUGUCCAUACCCCCCUGCCCCCCUGCCUGGCAUGCGGCAUCAAGCCUGCUCUUACACACGUCCUGAAGGCAACGAUAUCGAAUGCCACGAAUAGGCCAGCCUCCAACUCGGUCUCGAAUGUGAGAGCGCCGACGCCUCUGCGCCCCCAGUCUGAUGAUACGGGGCUAGUGCUGGACAUACCCACCGGCCCAUCCACCGCCGUGGUCAACCCUGAGACUGGCUUUCAAUGUCCGAGAUGUACCUUCUUGAACCACCCUUCCCUUCUUUCCUGCGAGAUAUGUGGUGGGCCGUUGAUAUCCCAAGAGGCACCGCCACAAGCCUCGCAGGAACGUCCCAGGACCGACUCGCCCGGACCAACCCUCAAUUAUGGAAGCGUCACUGGUCUCGAAAACCCUGACAGUGUGAAGAUCUCGUUUCGAGGUGGGCAUGGAGGUGACAAGAUCUUUUACGAACGACUCAAGGGCUCCAUGACCCAGCGCAAAUGGCUACUUCAGGAGGCCCCGCCUGUGCCAAAGAGCAAUAGGAUGGGGGAUGAAACAUCCGGCUCUCUGUCUAGGUCUGGGUCAGGUACCGGGAGGACCAGGACGGCAGGUAUCGCCGGUCUGGAAAAGAUGGGGCUCGACAGACGCAAGAACAACGAGCUGGUUAUUGGAAGCUCCUUUGAAGAUCUUGAAGCCCUCAUGGCAUCUGCCAAGGACAUUGUCGCUCUUGCCGAGUCGUUUGCUAGGCAGGUCAAUGGAGGCGCCGACAGCGCUACUGCCGAGGCCAACGCGUUACUGGCCGAGUCGGCAAGUCAGCUGGGUCUAGUGACGACAAAGGACAUUGUUGGUGGCGGCAGCGGAUCUGGUGCAGAGAGCCUCUAUCUGUCCGAGUUGGCUCGCAAUUUGGCCGAAUUUCUGACCGACGACGCUCGAGGCGUCUUAAAGAAGGCCGGUGGCAUCGUCAGCUUGGUUGACUUGUGGGCCAUGUUCAACAGAGCCCGCGGGGGUGUCGAACUCGUCAGCCCUAACGAUUUCGAGAAGGCUGCUAGGCUUUGGGAGAAGCUCAAGCUCCCAGUUCGCUUGCGGACAUUCAAGAGCGGAGUGAUGGUGGUCCAAAGCCGUGACAGGACAGACGAGACGACGAUCAAGGGCUUGCUAGUGUGGCUCCGGGAUCUCCACGACAUCCCUCCCGACCGUGAAGUUUCCUGGGACUGGCAGGAGUUCGGCCGGGGUGUCACUGCGCAGGACACUGCCGAGCGGUUCGGCUGGAGUAUUGGCGUUGCCGAGGAGGAACUGGAGAUGGCCGAAGAGCGUGGCGUGUUGUGUCGCGAGGAUGGGAUCGAGGGGUUGAGGUUUUGGGAGAACUAUAUAGAUACAGGGGAGCAUCGUCAUCGGUCACGACAGGGGACUGAGGCGGACAAGAUCAUCGAGGCACUGAAUGCCUCUGGACUGCUCUAG